GAAAUGUUUGUAUUGCUUGUUGUAAGCAGCGUCCCAUUUUAGUCUUGUCCCUGAAACUCGAAUGGCCUAAAGAAGGAAUUUUGAUUCUUAACUAAGAGGGCAUUCUUUAUGAAGUAUAUUUAAGCCAAGGUAAUUCUGCGUGAACUAGGCGUUAACAACAGUAGACGUGGCAAACGCUGUAAUAUGUUUUUGUCAGCUUUAGAAUUAGCAUGACUGACAUGACUCGCUAAUGUUUUCCCAACAAGCGCGCUAGCUAAGCUUGUUUCAAGUUAGUUAUUUCGGCUAUCCAGCUAACUACCUACGGUCGUAUAAAGUAAUUUAAUCACUGUUUAGUUUUGUACAGGUAACGUUUUAUGCAAUAUUUUAGUGGUGUUUAUUGGUAUGCUUCUUUAGUUGCAUCAGUUGCUAAUUAGGCGUCCAGUUAUCACAUCGAUCUAGGUAACGUUAACUUGCAGUAUACAGGUGAGGUCAGCCUAUCUACUGUCACGCAUAUUAUUAUCGGAUUGGUUAUGAGCACAUGAUGCUUGUACAUUAGCGUUAAGUCUAACUUCCCCUGUUGUAUUUAGGUCAAGCACGGGGAUAUCUGAUAGGGUAAACGUGCUCCUUGGUAAGGUAAAACCUUUUAGGUGCAUUAAAUAUAUGUUUUUGUAACCGUUAGAAUUACCCUAACCCCCACAAUGUCUUUAGUAGCAUAUGGAAGUAGCGAUUCUGACAGCGAUUCAGACGACAAGCCCGUUAGUCGCCCAACAGUAAGCAAAAUUGGAGGGGGUCUGUUUUCAACCCUGCCACCGCCGAAGAAUGCUCUUCAGCAGAGUGUCACUAGAGGAAGUAACUUUUCUACAACAGACAACGGGUCGGACACUGUAGCGCCAGGUUUUAUCAAGAAACCUCAAAGCAAUGUGGAAGCGAAAGGUUUAUUAUUUGAUUUGCCCAAGCCCAAGAAGAGGACAGAGCCAGUAAAAAUCACCAUUCCAGACAUAAAGAAUGCUGACUCCGACUCUGACGAGGAUAAACCUGUGAAAAAGAAGAAAAUUCCUCAGGGCAGUGGACUAUCCGCUUUGCUUCCACAACCCAAAAACCUGGUCGUGAAAGAGACCAACCGUUCGUUAGUGCCACAUUCCCUCACCAAGCACGCGGCCCCGGCCUCACGGACUCAGACAACCACCCCCAAGAGCCUGUCCAGCUCCACCAAUGCCUCCCCCUCAGCCAUCAAGGCCGCGGCCAAGUCCGCUGCCAUGCAGCUCGCAAGACAGAUGGCCGCUGACGAGGAGGCCAGUGACGAGGAGCUGACCCCCGAGAACUACUUCUCCCUGGGCGAGAGCGCGCAGCCCCCCCUGCUGGUCCCCAAGGACGACACGCUGCCCUCCGGACUCCCCCCGCCCCCCGGUACGGAGAACGCCCCGCUGCAGUUUGCCGCCCGCCUGCCGGGUUACGUGGGCGAAGGUGCUGACUUUGAUGUCCAGCAGCAACAGCAGGCAGGCUACCAGCAGUUCCAGGAUGCAUCUGGCGAGCCAGGCGUGGAACCCGCCAGUGAGGGCUACUAUGCUGGUGGGUACUAUCCUGAAGCAGACACUGAACAGGCUGGAUCAUCCUCGCUGUUUGAUGAUGAGGCAUUCCGGCGGUUGCAGGGCAAAAGGAAUCAGGGCAAAGAGGAGGUGAAGUUCCUGGAAAUUCGAGGGGAUGACCAGCUCAGUGGGACUCAGCAGUGGCUGACGAAGAACCUGUCGGAGGAGAAAGAGCAGCGCACGUCCUUCAGCAAGAAAAAGGGCGGACAACCUACUGGACAGCAGAGGCGCAAACACCAGAUAACAUAUCUGAUCCACCAGGCCAAGGAGCGGGAGUUGGAACUGAAGAACAACUGGGCUGACAACAAGCUCACCCGCAGGCAGACGCAAGCUAAAUAUGGCUUCUGAGGCUGUUGAGGGCGGCAGCCGCAGCAUCCUGUACUUCCCUGUAUAGCUCAAACAGCUCCACUGUCUAUCACUCCACACAGCGGGGCACUGUGCAGGCUAGUGGAGGCAUGCACUGUUUGUAUGUGGUUAGUUUCAGUCCAUUUUGAAUUACUUCCACUCCCUGGGUUUGUCCUUUUGGAACUGUUCUUCAGUGUGUACUGUGUGUCCAUCUCCCCAGCCAAGGAGCUAUUGUGAAUACGCAAUGAGGUCAGUUUUCACUUGGUUCGUGCAUAAUCAUCUCUUCCGAGAAGUCGUUGACUGAAUUAAUGGCAUAUUUCAAAGAUGAAACACCUUUUUUUCCCCAGUCCUUGUAAUUGACAUAUAAACGUCACCUAUGUACAUAAGAAUGAACAUUAAACCAAGGUAUGAUGUCA